AUGUACGAUGUCACCACCGCACAGGCAGAUGCGCAUGGCUGGGGUCCAGUUGCCGUGGGAGGCAAUCAGUGGGCUAUUAUGUACCAGCACACCUCAGGCAUAGAGACAGCCACACCAGAAUGGCCGGGACAAACAUGGCAACAGCGGGUGAUGCUUCAACUGCCACUGCUCAUGGCACCUAGAAAGAACGUAUCCAACAAUGCAUCAGAUAAGAAGAAAGGCGUACGGAGGCCGGAGAAGAAAUCCAAAGGCACCAACUCCUCAGCAACGCCAAACAACGAUGCCAGCGAAGCUAUCUGGUACGUGACAGUACAAACGUAUCACAGGAGCAAGAAGGUCAAGGCUCCCCCGACUCAUCACACAGCUCCAAAGGGUAAAAGCAAAGGAAAGAAGAACACCAAGCCAAAGGCCGCCUCGCCGUACACCCACACACACACGCACAGUCUCUUCAGUUACUAUCGCAACAAGUCCGCCGCAGCCGCAGCCGCAGCUGUAGGAGUGCGUGCAGAGGCUGGCGGAGACGAUGCAGACCACUACUGCGUCUUGGAUGUGGUCAAAACGGACUCGGAGGGUGGCACAGACUUGGUUCGUGAGCUCGUGCGUGGGACGUGGAAGGGGUUACAUCACGUGUCCGACUGUGCGUGGGAUACCGGUGUUCCCUUUGGAAGUGCCUUGGAGGAUUGGGUGUCCGUCUCUUUAGCUGGCUUGGUUCUGCCGGCGUUGGUCCAGGGACAGCAUUCGGCUGCGCGUCCGUCUCUGCUGUCUAUUGGCAUGGGCUGCAGCAUCAUCCAAUGCUUCAUAGGAUCACACGUGGACAAUGUGGACAUGACCAUGCUAGAAAGUUCCGAACAUCUCGUGCGAGACAUGACCACGUGCUUCCCUGUCGGUAAACUCCUCAGCAGUGUCAACACGACAACGACAUGUGGCGACCCAAUUAAAUUCGUGUCAGCGGGUGCAGACGGCUCACAACGGUACAACGCAAUUAUGGUGCAUAUGAAUGGGCCAGAGACUCUUCUGGGAACCAGACUCAAAUCCGUCACAUUCCUCAGAGGUUUGAUCAAAUGCCUGGAUACCAGUUCGGAAGCAGUAUUAGCUGUGCAUGUGGGUGGCACAGAAGACAUCGGAGAUACCGAACUGUCAGCGGCUGUGAUCGACAGUAUUGUGAACAGUCUGGAGAGUGAAGUGGCGCAAUUACACCCUACAACAACGCACAGAGUCGAUCUGUAUGCGGAGGAGAAGUUGAGAGACGCCAUAACAGACACCGAAAGCGGUCAACCAGCACCGCAGGAGGUGGAUGUGGCACAGAGCGGCUCAGGCUAUAUCAUCACACUGCGCCUGGGUGCGCAAAGCACAGAGUACCACAAGAUGGAGAUGCAUGGUGCAUUGCCUGAUCCGAGACACUAUGAUUUAGACUCACUGGUUACAAUCGACAUGAUGCUGGCUGCUCCUGGAAAGGACUACGAAGGAGGUCACCUGCAAACAGAGGAGGCCGAUCGGUCCAUAGUGCGUCCUGGAUUUGAACGUGGCGACGCCGUGGUGUUUGUCAGUCACAAACCUCACCAUGUGACACCCGUCACUGGAGGAGUCAGGAACGUGCUUGUAGUCGAGAUAUGGAAAGGAAGGGAUUGCCAGUGCGCACAUCGCUGCGGGGCAUUUGGUACGAAUGUGUGCAGUAAAGACAGUACAAGCAGAGCAUACUCCAAUAGCAAACUAGCAGAAAAAGCGAGCCGAGAUGUUGAAGGACAGAAGGCUAGAUACAUUACCAAUCAGACACUCCCGUUCAGGCUGGGGUCCGCGCACGAGUCAGAGACGUCAUUCCUCACAUCCUUUCUGAGUGGGCAUAAAGACGUUUGUGUCUCGCACUUGCUGUGGGAACCGUAUGAAGAGAGAGGCUUGCAACGUAGCAAUCAAAGUACUGAUAGAACACCAGAAAUGGAUAGCUCAAAUAGUGCCAGUACUGGGCUGGAGACAACCAAUACUCCCGUGCAAAUCAUCAAGCCGCCGAAACUUGACAUCGCAGCUGCGGACGAUGAAGCCUGGGAUGUGUUCGGUUAA